AAUCGCCGAGGCGUUAUGUGGAGGGCGAGGUGACGAUCCAUUAUCGUUCGCCAGUGCGUACGGAGACGAAGGAGCCAUUGAGCGAAGAGGAACUUGCACGCAGAAGUGCGGAGAACAUGCGUCGCGUGUACCAGGAGGAGCGUCGACGGAAGUAUCUUCAGGAACUCCACGACAUCGACUCGCGACGACACACGGACAACUUUAUACCGUCACAGAAGUCACCGAUACCCCUAAAUCGCUACGACGACUUCGUCGACGACCUCAGCCACAGGAGCAGGUCGCAGGACCAGACCCCAGAGCCAAGAUUGGUCGCCAGGGCUCUGUACAAUUUCGUGGGACAAUCUCCAAGGGAACUGACCUUCCGCCGUGGGGACAUCAUCUUCGUCAGACGUCAGGUCGACAAGAACUGGUACGAGGGGGAACACAACGCCAUGGUCGGACUUUUCCCGUUCAACUACGUCGAGAUUCUACCUUACGAUGGCGCGAGGACCACCCCGAAGAAGCCCUACGAGGGUCAGGCACGAGCAAAGUUCAACUUCGUCGCGCAAACCAAUCUCGAGUUGUCCCUAGCUAAAGGGGAGCUGGUGGUCCUGACGAGAAGGGUCGACGAGAAUUGGUACGAGGGUCGUAUCGGGGGCAGGAAAGGGAUCUUCCCCGUGUCCUACGUCGACGUCCUGGCGGAGCCAGGACACAGGCCAGAAACCCCCGUUCAGAGCAAACCCGUCGCCUCUCCGGCUGCGCACAGUCUCCUGUCCAAUGGGACUGCUGGUGGGAAGCUGAGCAUGGGGCCUCACCAUUACACCCCAACGAUACCGGUUAACACAACCCAGCAACACUAUAAUUCACUGCCACGCAUGGGAGGAAACAAGUUGCACGUAGCACCGAUGAACGAGACCCUGCACAUCGACACUCACUCCGAGCCAAUACCAUACCGCGCGCUUUACAACUACAGACCGCAGAACGAGGACGAGCUGGAGCUGAGGGAAGGAGACACCGUCUACGUCAUGGAGAAGUGCGACGACGGCUGGUACGUCGGUUCCAGUCAGCGUACAGGAUACUUCGGCACCUUCCCCGGGAACUACGUCGAGCGAUUGUGAGGAAUGGCCAAAUCGAGAGACCGACAGGUGCGAGCACCUAGGUCUCUCAGCGAGCGCUGCUUCCCUCGAAGAAAGUCUUAAUCCGAAGCGCACCAGAGCCCGAAAAACCCCCAAAAGUGGUGGGCCUGGAAGAGUAAAGUGUAAUUUAAGUAUAAUUAUGACGAAGGGACGAGAUCGGUUGCACCAGGAUUUUUUCAUGAAUUUUUUAGCGCGAAAGAAGCGUCCCCGAAUACCGACGGGUCCUAUCUAAACACUGGAAUUAUUGGUCAUUUUCUAAAUACGUGGAAGGACGUACUUCAGGCUGAUAUUGAACGCUAACUGCCAUUAUCCAGUAAAUCCUGAAACUUGGAAUUUGUAAUUUUCACAUAUUUAUAGUCCGACAGUCGAACUUUAAGGGAAGUCCCUGCGUAGUGUAGCUGCGAAUCUCGGAAGACGAGGGUGAAGUUACGUACUGACUUCCCGUUACUGUAAUUGCAGUUAUAUUACAUUUUACUACUUGUAAUUGAAUGGAAGGAGUAGUUACGUCCAGGGGCGUAGAAACUGGGCAUUUGCACACUCAUUGCCGAGCUCUGGGCGAGGCUCAGCUGGUCUUAGUGCUCGUUAAAAAUAUUUGUACAAAAAUCUCCUGACCCGAUACACCGUUUCUGCGCUUCUGAGAUCCUCCGAGACGUCGAACUGGAGAUGGAAUUUUAUCGAGGGAACCUAGACAGAGAUUGAUAAGAGUGAUAAGGGGUCUCCUUUGAUCGCCUCCACGUCGAGACGUACCACCGACCUUAGAGUAUCCGACUAUCACGCGAGCACCCUGACAGCCGGUGGAUGGAUAUUAACGAACGGCUUGGAAUCAAUGUCGCAUCAACCAAAAAUAGAUCUAAUGAUAAGGACGCUAGGUUAACCUGUAAGUAGUGUAUGAUAACAGUUAGUUAUUUAUUGCUAUACGGAGUACUGACGACGCGAGCGUUGUCGCCGGUUCCAGCGGUCGUAGGUCCUACAAGAGCUGCGCUUCCACUUUCGAAACGGGAAAAGAUUUUUCUACAUUUAUCCGGAACCACUAAAUCUGAUUUACAGUCCAUGACCAUUAUCAGAAGAUCUUGAGAAAAUUUAAUAGCGACAUUUUAAGGGCAUGGUUCAAUUUUUACGAGUUUUACGAGAAGGACGCGUACCUAAGCAUGCGGUAAGAAGACCUUAUUGCGAGGGAGGAUUUUUUUAAUGGUCGAUGUCGAUGACUUAUGAUUGUUCAGUCCUCGAGGUAGAAACUUCAGGAACCGAGAAACUCCGUCUUUGUUAAAAAUUAAAGAGCCGAAGUUACCCAAUGAUUUUAUGAGGUGGCCACUCGUGGCCGCUUGUCCGCGAGCCGGGACCGCUGUUAUGAUUGAAAGUUUGCCUUCCCAAAUUCAUAUUUUUGUAAACAUUAUUUAUACGUAGGCCUAUGUAUGUAUAUAUACACAGAUAGAUAUAUAUAUAUAUUAUACAUAUAUAUACACGCGAACUAUACGUAGACCUAACGCGUCGCGUAUUUGAAGGCAUGCAUGAGAAGUCUUCGACGCAAGAGCUCACGCAGAAGUACGCCGCGACACUUUCUGAAUCGCGCCUCGACGUAUUUCCUUGAAAAAAAAAAAAAUAUAUGGGAUCCUUACAUCGUAAAUUGAACCUCCAAAAUCCAGGAUAGAAGCCAUACUUACCGAUAAAUAAUCGCUUAUCAAUAAUAUCUGUAACUCAAAAAUGUAUAGAAGCGCGUGUUAGAGACGCCGCAUUUUCUGAAUAAGACCGGCAAACGGCAAAUGCAUAAUUGAAUGUUAACUUAGGAAUGAACAUUUUGACUACCAAUUUACCUUGGAAGGGUUCCAGACAUCGCGCGCGAUCACGAGGAAAUUAAUUGCCCAGCGUGUUCACGGCUACUCAGUUCAAAAUCAGACAAUACUAAAGUUUAAUGUCGACUAGAGGGGAGCGAGUACAGAGGCAUCGAAGCUAAUACUCGAAACGAUUUCUCGUCCCUCGCGAGACUUUCUGGCGACGUGGACUUUUUCUCCGGUCAUUCGAUAGUUGAAGCUUAUAGUUGGUAGCUGGUUUCUCUUCUGGGUUGCAGCCCGCAACCCAGCGGGGAGACACGAGUACACCAAGUACAGAGGAGACACUUACUCGCUCGCGUCAUAUGCAUAUACCGUAUACAUAUCUCGAGGAUAUCACACAACCGCGCGCAGGAUGUACGUUGACGCGUGGUCAACUUAUAUGAAUAUACACACAGGAGGUACCAAAAAAUAAAUAUUAUAGAACUAUAAAUCGAGAGGGAAAGAUGAAGAUAUAUGUACGUGUUAAGGUCGAGAUGCCGGAAGAAGAGAUUUUAAGCGACCCGGCUGGGGCUUUAGAUUUUUUAUUCCUACUCCCUCGAGGAUGACGGAUCGAGAUUAAAAUGUAUACGUAUUAUUUCUGACAUCCUGGGAAUGGAGUAUGAAUUUUAAGGUGAAGUUUCGGUGGCGUCUCGCCAUUUUCGAGGAGUUUGUCCAGGAUGAUGGGGACUCUCGUCCACGGGCGCCGUAAAGAAAUCACGUUAACGCGUAACACGGAUGUGCUCGAAACAAUUUUGUCCGCUGCACUACCAGUACUCCGCGUCGUGUUACUUCGAUCUACUUGUAUUGCGUUAAUUUAGCACUAACGAUGUCACUAUGCAUUGUACACUUCGGAUACAAAUAAAACCUAGUCUAUUACUGCUCG